AGUUUGUGACUCAGUAUUAGUAGGAAAACUUGAUUAGCAGAGUAGAAGACAAAAAGAAUGCGUUCUCCUACAACUCCCACAACGGAAUAUUCUUUGAGCAUUUUAGGAGUAUCUUAUACCAUCAAGAGUCGUACUAUCUUGAGAAAUAUUAGUUUAUAUUGCGGAGGUGGAAAUAUUUUAGCCUUGCUUGGAAAUAGCGGUUCUGGUAAAACAUCUUUAUUAGAUGUAGUUGCUUGCAGAGCAGAAGGUCGAACUGUUGGUGGAGCGUUUAUUAAUGGAAGAUUGGUAACACCAGAACUAUUUGUCAAAAGAGGAGCCUAUGUCCUACAGGACGAUCAAUUACUCGCUCACUUGACUGUUAAGGAGACUUUAACAUAUACUGCAAGAUUGAAAUUUGCUGGCGCCACAAAAAAUAUUCAAGUUACCCAAAGAGUUGAACAAGUUUUAAACGAAAUAGGUUUAAAACACGUUGCUGAUUCAAAAGUUGGUGGUGCUUUUAAGAGAGGAAUUUCUGGUGGUGAAAAGAGGAGAGUUAGCAUUGGAUGUCAGCUAUUAUGUGAUCCAGUUGUUCUAUUACUAGACGAGCCUACAACUGGAUUAGAUAGUUUUACUGCGAACAGAUUAGUAACUAAUUUGUCACAGCUAGCAAAACAAUACAACAAAGUUAUUGUAAUGACCAUUCAUCAGCCCAGGUCUGACAUUUUUCGACUAUUUGAUCAUAUUGGAAUAUUGUCUUUAGGUGAACUGGUCUACAUGGGCCCAUCGUCUCAACUAGUCUCAUACUUUACGGAUUUAGGAUAUUCGUGUCCACAUUAUGCUAAUCCCUUGGACCAUUAUGUGGAUUUAGCCAGCGUAGAUCGAAGGGAUAUUGUAAGAGAGAGUAACACUACAGCCCGAGUUAGAUCUCUACAUGGAAGCUACUUAAAUUCAAAUAUUUUUAAGGAUACUUUGUCGGAAGUUCACAGAAGCGCAGCCACGGCCAGUGAUCUGGAAGUAGAGAGUAUAUUUAGUAAUCCAUGGACGUAUUUAGAUCCUCCGGGAUUUGCUGCUACAUGGGCCACACUUUUUUCUAGGAUGACCGUAAAUUUAAUACGGGAUAAGCCUUCUUUGUUGAUGAGAAUUUUUCAAUUUUCCUGUUUUAGUUUCUUUCUAUGGCUUUUUAUUAUACGAUUAAAAAAGAAUCAAGAAUCUAUGCAAGAUAGAAAUGGACUCUUCCAUCAAUUGGUCUCAGUCCCACCGUAUGUUGGUGUCCUUAAUGCCGUUGCCCUCUUUCCAACAUUAAGAACGACCUUUAGACGAGAAUCAAAAGAUGGACUAUAUGGAUCAACUGUCUUUCUUUUUGCAUAUUUUGUCCAUAUUUUGCCCUUUCACUUAAUUUCUACAUUCAUUUUUACUGCGGUGGUUCAUUGGGGUAUUGGUUUACAAUCGGAAAUGUUUCGUUUUGGAAGGGUGUGGGCUGUUAUAUUAUUAUUGCAUUUUUCCGGUGAGGUUUUGGCAGUUGCCCUAAUGGGUGUAUUUAAGAAUGAAGCAGUGGCCAAUAGUAUAUCAGGUAAGAGAGAUAGUAAACAAACAAACUUUCCAUAUUAUAGAAUCUUUCUUCUUUUUACAUCGCGCAUACAAGUAAAAUACUUUAUAGCUUUAAUAUUGUUUUGCCUUUCUACAAAUUUUACUUUCCAUUAACUAGUAUAGAAUUUUUGCACUAGUCGUUAUAAUAGUAAUAUCGGGUAAUAAUCAAUAUUAUUUUCCAAGAAAGAGCUUUUUGUUCUUAGGUUUGCUGUGUAACAUAGUUUAUUAAAAUUUUUAAUUUGAAAGAAGAUAUAAACUAAACAAUAGAUGAAUAAGUCGUUUGAAGGAUAAAUAACAAAGGUAGCGUUAUUUUAUCUUUCAGACAUCUUAAAUUGGGCGUAGAAAUGCUUUUUCAGAAGAGAUCAGAAACCGUUAUGAAUAAUAGUAUUAUAGUCGAUAGAUGGAGUUGAUUUAUUUUACUGUUUAUUUGUUUUGUAGGUUUAAUUUUCGUGAUUGGGGGCCUUAUGGGUUCAGGAUUCGUUAGAAGUUUAGAAGGAAUGAUAGACGUUUUGAAGUGGUCAGGAUGGAUUAAUAUAUUUAAAUAUACAAGUGAAAUAAUAGUAGCUAAUGAACUGAACGGAUUGAAUUUAACAUGUAGUAUAAACUCAACAAUGCCCUGUUUAUACCCAAAUGGUAACUUAUAUUUGAGUAUUUUCUAUCCAAAAGCCGUUAAGUGUAUGGCAAGGAAUUUUAUAGUCUCAUUUUCCUAUAUGAUUUUCUUUUGUGUAUUAGCAUUAAUAAUUUUCAAAAUAACAAAAAUAAGAAAAUCAAGAAUGAUAUAACUGUUAUCUUUUUGUUUAUUGAAUAUAUAGCUAUUGAAUAUUUAAGGGUGUUGACUUAAUGCUAUUUUAUGAUGAAAAAAUAAGGAAAACAAAAAAAGAAAACAGACUACGAAAUAAAAGAACUACUUCUCUGUCUUUCUCUUGUAACGCAUAAAUCGUUUAAAAGUCGGUUAAAAGUCUAUAUUUAGCUUUGAAAGAUGAUAGUUUUUCUUCAUAUAAAACACGGUAAAGUAUUGUUCAAAGCUUUAUUUGAAUACUUUAAGAUAAACUCUAUCCUCUCCGCCCGUUCUUAAUUCUUCUUCUAUAAUUGCUAAUCUUCCACUUUUACAAACUGUAUCUACGCAUACUCCAAUUGGGCUCACUAAACCAUCUUCUCUUCCUAAAACUUUACCAAUAAAUGCCCCUUCUUCCGAAAACAUUUUUAUUUUUCUAUCGGCUCGAUCGCAAACCAAUAAAUUACCACAGUUAUCUACACAAGCUGAACACGGCCAUAUUAGAUUAUCUGCACCAAAUGAUCCCCUAUACCUUCCCAUACCUUCAAAUUUCAUAAUACAAUGUAAUCUUGGAUCAACUACAUAAAUAUGAUCAGUUUUUGUAUUCGAUGUGACCUGGUAAGGAUGCUUAAAUGGUCCUUCUAACUUUGAUAAAACUUUGCCAUCCGAUCGAUAUAUUUUAACCUUAGGCUUAAUGCUUGAAUCUGAUACAACAAUAUCCUCAUUUUUGGUAACACAUACACCUGUUACUGAAGUUAAACCGUCCAGAAAUAAGCAUUCGUUCAUUAACAUACUGAUGUAAUGAAUUUCAAAGUUAGAAAUAGGCUCUCUUUAAGUAUGUAUACAAAAGUCUAAAAUUUGCUAUACGACGCUUUAUUUUCCUCUCUUUUACAUAGUUUAAAGUAAGACUUUUUCUCUUAUUUACAACUGAAAUAAAUUUUUAAAUAAAAUACUAGGCCUAUUUGAAACUUGAACAGACUGUAAAUUUCCCUCUUCAUCUUGUUGACAAACGUGUAUCCUAGAUAAAUCAGCAAUAUAUAACUUAUUAUUAUUCCAACAGACUGCAGUAGGUGACAGUAAUGCACAACCAGCCCAUUUAUCUACAAUUGCUCUUGUUUGACCAAAAUCAUCAAAUAACUGAACACGUUUAUUCCUUUUUUCAGCAACAGCAAGUUUUAAAUUUGACGUAAAGCAAACAGAGGAAGGAGAUUUCAGUUGGCCUUUAUGCUUCCCUCUAAUUUCAAUCCUCCAAUCUUCUCUCCAAUCUUUCAUAAUAACUAUUAACAGUACAAAAUCACACGUUU